CAAUCAAUCCGAAAAGGAAUAACGUUUGUUCUUUCUCUCAUUGUUGAUUGUGGAGAUCCUUAUUCCAUAUAGCUAUGUUUCUAUAUCAUAAUCAUUUAUUCAGUAGCUUGAUAUGUCAACCAAAAUGUUGUGCUGCGUAUCAUUUCAACUAUAACAGAAACUAUUAUCGCUGUAUACCACAAAAGUCAAACACUUACCAAAGGAAACUCAACUGGAGAAUGGCAACAAGUCACGACAACUUGGAAAAGACUCAAAACUUUUUAGGUAAUCUAUUCUCGCAAUUUUCCAAGUUGGGAGACGAACUGUUGGGUAAAAGGAAAUCAACUAGAGGAAAAGAAGUGGAGCCUUUGCAUGAGGGAUACUUAACCUCUUUAGACUUUGAAGAACAAGAAGAAGAUAGAUGGAUAUUAUGCUCUCGGAUAGUUUGUAACUCGGAAUCUCUGCGUUCAGCUAGACAAAUUAUUCAAAAGUUUGUACAAGAGAGUCGUUCUAAUGAUUGUCCUAAGCGGUUGUUAUCCAUUUCUUGUCAUGAAGAUCCAGAUGUUCCGGGAGUAUUUAUGUUGAUAGAAGUAUUCCAAACACAACUAGCAAUGGUAGAAUAUCAAAAGGAGAAUCUUUAUCAAAGUUUUCUUCGACAACUUCAACCUUUGAUGAAGGAACCUUUGGGAGUUCACUUGAGUAAAGAAAGAAAUGGAAAGAUCUUAUCAUCUUUAUAUCCUUAUGGACCUGGAGGUGAAGGUGGACGAGAUGAUAUGGUUUAUCGAUAAACAAUAAAGUACAGUCAACUUAUGACGUUCCAAAGACUUGGUUUCUU